CUGGUGAUCUGCCAGCACCUCCAGAUGAAACGGAACCCCUGUUUAGUGGCAAUUUGGUGGCAUUUUUGCUGGAAAACGGCUAGCUCCGUUCAGGACGCGGAACAUUGGGACCGUUUUUGCCUGAAUUGAUCCCCAGUUUUUCAAGGGCUGGGAACGGGUCUAAUACGUUACAGCUGGGUAUGACAAUGGUACAGCGUGGUACUCAACGUGGUACGCCAGCAGGAGCUACAUAACCACCCCAGCCACACCAGGCACCAAAAUUACUUGCUCCACUUCCUCAGCAAAAAAAGAGCUAAUCCUGCGGAGAGGUAGUCCAGCUGAGAGCUAAUUUACACACGAUCGCUUCCGAGUUGCUCCUGGACGCUGCGAUUCGUCUGUGUUGUUAUUUGGACUGAAAACGCGUCGGAUCAGGAGAAGUAAGCUCUGCAGUGAUUGGAUGAGAAUCGAGGAGGUCGUUGAGUUAGCAACUUACGGAUUGUUGAGUCGGCUUCAGCGAUCAUGGAUCAGCAUCCACGGUCUCGUUGAAUUGGCAUCCUAGUUGUGAUUGUAAAAUUUAGCAUCUCAGCAUGUCGCUUCAGUGAUCCAUUGGAUUAGCAUCGACGCUAGCUCCCAGUGAUCAUCAGCGUCUUAGUGAUCAUUAAAUCAAUCUCCCAGUGACCGGUAAAAUUAGGUUGUCAAAUUAGCUUUUCAGCAUGCUCAGCGGGGGGGGUCAUCAUGCGGGCCGGUAGCAGCGUGUCGCAUCUUGUGGAUAAGGCGUGCAGCGAGUAUCUGGCGGAUCCUGAUUGGACCACCAACCUCCAGCUCUGCGACCUCCUCAAUGCAUCGCCUUCGUAAGCCGACCGUUGAUCUGUUUCGAUCUGACCGUCGAAUUGAUUCAAUCCGACCGUUGAUUCCAGCCGGCCGUUAGAUCGUUGCCUGAUUGGAACAUCAACCUCCUCAGGAUUUUCACUUGACCGUGUGAUUUAUGAGUCCCUUCAACUGAUUUCGGGUCGCUGAAUUGACCUUUUGAAUCAACAGGUGCUUUAGACAAACAUUAGUUUCUUAAUUCGCGGCACGAUUAUUCGGCGCCUUGUGAUGACAGUUCCCUAGGCUAUGCCGUUCUCGUGGGCUUAAGCCUCUUUGUCAUGGAACCAUUUUUCCGUUCCCUCCCACCCUCCAGCAAAGCGGGUGACGCCAUGCCAGCCAUUCACAAGGUCACUUUGACAAGGCGGGAGACGCAUGCGAGCCAUUCACAAGAAGGUCACCUCGCGCCACGCACAAGUGCAGCUCUCCGCCCUCACUCUGCUGGAGACUGUGAUGAAGAACUGUGGGGGGUGGUGCAUUCUCAGGCGGUGGAGAAAGGAGUGCUUGCUGACGUGGCCAAGAUCGCAAGGAAAGGAGGGGCUAGUCCAGCAGCGACAGCAAGAGCACGAGGGCUCAUCCAGGAAUGGGCGGACGUUUUUCCCCCUGGCCCGACUUGCCGGCACACGGAAUACUUCCUCACCUACGACGAGCUCAAGAGAAAUGGCAUACCUUUCCCACCCCGCCCCUCCUCCCAUCCCCAUCAUUCCCACUCCAUCCCCAUGCCGUCUCCUGAGUAUGCAGCAGCCAGUCACGGCGUGCCACCUGGCGUGCUCCCCCCGCACUUGCAGCAUCCCUCCCAGUCCACCCCUCCUCAGCUCUACAACUCGCCCACGUAUGGCAGCCCCAUGGGGGGAGCUGCUUAUAACGGAUCUCCUGCUUAUAGCGGAGCUGCUUACAAUGGAGCGCGCUCUCCUCUUGCUGCUGGUGGCAGGUCGUUGCCGCAGCAGCCACAGCCCCCUCCCUUGCAGUACCAGCAACCGCAGCAGCAGCAGCAGCAGCAGCAACAGGGUGGGAGUGGAUCCCAGGAAGGGGCGAGUGCUAAGCCAAUGAGUCUUGCAGACAUCACCAUGGGGGUGAAUUCGGUGGAGGUGCUAUCUGACCUGCUGUCAGCCGCGCCCAAGGACAACCCUGCCUCGGUGCUCGGGGACGAAUUGGUGCAACAGCUGGUGGGAGAGUGCCGGGGGCUGGAGGGGCGCCUAGAGGCUACCAUCAACUCCACAUCUGACGAGCACCUGCUGAGGUCGGCUUUAGCGCUCAACGACGAGGUGCAGGCAGUCAUGAAGCGGCACAGCCAGCUACAGGGGGCAUCUGCUCCUGUCCCGCCUGCAGCAGCAGCAGCAGGGGGAGGGGGAGGGGGAGGGGUGCAGUGGUCGCAGUACGAUGGGGAGGGCGACACUGACAGCGAGCCCAGUAUUCAGCUCGACAGGCACGGUGCGCCAUCAGCUCCCCCAGCCUCCUCCAUCCGCUCCUCAGGUUCCCCCUUCCCCUCCCCCAGCGCUCCCCUCGCCUCCCCCCUGCUCCCCCUUCCCCCUGAGUGGAAACGCUCUGCUACGCCUCAUGCCCCCGCUGUUGCUGCUGCUGCUGCUGGGACUGCUGCUGCUUCCCCCGCUGCUGCUGGUGCUUCUGAUGCUGCUGCCGAUACCGGGGCAAUAGGAGCACCUGCAGCAGCUGCUGCAGUGGCAGCAGUUGCAGCAGGAGCAGCGGCAGCGGCAGCAGCAGGGGGGGCAGCAGGGGGAGCAGGGGGAGGAACAGGGGGAGGAGCAGCACCCCCCCAUCACCACCCGCCCUAUGGUUCUGCCCCUGACUUGCCAGCCAUGACCGCCCAAAUGAGCCACAUGGCCCUCUCCCAAGCCUCCCCAAACGCACACCCCCACCCACAUUCCGAACCUGCCUCUCGGGAUGUGUCCCCUUACCCGGCUUCCCAAGCCUGGGAAGCAGGUCUGGGCAUUCCUCCUCCUCCUGCUGCUGCUGCUGCCUAUCGCUCUGUCACUGAUAUGCUUCUUGCUGAGCUGUCGCCGUCCAAUCCGUUUGCACCAAGUGUGCAAGCGUCCACUGCAGGAAAUGCUGACUCAUCAUCAACUCCACCAGCAGCAGCAGCAGCAGCAUCAACAGGAGAGUCAGCAGCACCACCACCAGCAGCCGCUCGUGCGUUAGACUUUGGCUCUAGCCCUGCUGUUGCUGGUCCGGAUGCUGCUCCUAACGCUGCUUCUGGUGCUAGUUCUGCUGCUGCUGAUGCUCCUACUCUUUCCAUAGGCUCGGCCCCUAACCCCUUUGGCCCUGUCCCUCCCUCUUUCCCCACUGAGCCCUCUCCCUUUGACUCUGAACCCUCCUUCCAAGCCCUUCCAUAUAAUUCCUCUACCGCCCCCUCCCCUUCCCCUGCUCCCUCCUCCGCCCCAUCCCCCUACGGCCCCCAAGCCACCCACCCGUCGCCCCACGCUUACACCUCUCCGUACACUCACACCACGUUACAGUCCCAGCCCCCCUCCACCUCAUCCACUCCUGCUGCUGCUGCUGCUGCCUCUGCUCCCGGCUCCGCCCCUCCCCGCCUCCCUUCCUUCCCUGGAGCUCACUCACCCACCGAUCCCUUAGGGGGUUCAGGCUCUGUUGCUGCUGGUGGGGGAGGCUUGACUGGUGUAGGUGCGUCUGGCUUCCCUGCUUCUGCCUCUCACCCUUCCUCUGCUGCGCCUAGCUACCAGCCCCAGCCUGGUCAGAUGUACCCUCCCCAGUAUAACCCAAACCAGCAAUCCUGGCAGCAGCAGCUUUCACAGCAGCAGCACCAGCAGCAGCAACAGCAGCAACAGCACCAGCAGCAGUAUCCACCUCCACUCUACCCCCAGAUGCCAGGUCAGCAGCAGCAACAGGGUUACCAGCAAUACCAGCAACCACCCUGGCAGCAGCAGCAGCAGCUGCAGUACCAACAGAAUCAGCAGUACCAGCAGCAGCAACAUCCAAUGGGGGGAAUGGGGGGGAUGGGGGGAAUGGGGGGAGUGAGUGGGGACACCCCUCCGCCCUACCCCAUCACCACCCCAUCCUACCCUCCCCUUGGUCCCACUCAGAAUUUCUCCCCUCUCGCCCUCCCCUCUCCAGCCGUCUCCAACGCCAUGCCGCAUGCUGCUGCUGUGGCAGCAGGAGCAGGGGGGACGGGCAUGGGCACAGGCAUGGGUAUGGGUAUGGGCAUGGGCAUGGGUAUGGGUAUGGGUACGGGUAUGGGUAUGGGUAUGGGCAUGGGCAACGCUUACCCAUCCGUCUCCCCUACGAAGCCUCUUGCUGGUUCGGCAGGAGGUCUGGGAGGAGGUUCGGCAGGAGGCAUGGGAGGCACCAGCAGCAGCUUUGGCAGCAGUGCUGGGAUGCAGCAGCAGCAGCAGCAGCAGCAGCAGCAGCAGGCGCUGGGCCCUGCUGGGUUGACGCGGCAGCAGCUGGCACGAAACGAGGACCCCAUGCUGACCACGUCCAUGUUUGCGGAUCUCAAGGAUAUCAACGCCUCUCUCGUGCGCGAUAUCAGCUCUGCGAAAGGAGGGGUAGGUAGGGGUGGAGGAGGGGUUGCUGGUGGUGCAAGUGCUUCUGGUGGGAGGUAGCAGCAGCCGCGGUAGGAACUUAGGUAGCAGUGGCAGCAGCAGCAGGCAGCAGCUGGUGUGGAACGAGGAGGACCCCAUGCUGACCACGUCCAUGUUUGCGGAUCUCAAGGAUAUCAAUGCCUCUCUCGUUCGCAACAUUAGCUCUGCAAAGGGGGAGGGGUGGGUAGAGGUGGUGCCAGCGCUGGUGCAGCUGGUGGGAGGUAACAGCUUAGGCAGGCGCUUUCGUUUGCAGCAGCAGCAGCACCAGUAGCAGCAGCAGGCAUCAGCAGCAGCAGCUUGCUGGUGUUGCUGCUGCUGCUGGUACCAGCUCUGGUAGCGGUGCUGCUGGCGGUGGUAUGGGAAAGAGUCCAUGGGUUAUGGGGCUCCUCCCACUACAAUGGGUGAGGCAACCGGACGUUGACUGGAUUGCGUCACGUGCUGCCAAGAGCCUAUUCAGUGUUGAGCAGCUUCCAUGGGCAUGUAACGCUCACUAGCUGUCCUUUCGUUGUGUGGCAUGCUUGCCAGUGAUGUGUGUUGGGGCACACUAUGGGUGUAGUUUAUAUUUAGAUUGUCCGUAACGCUCUUGUAGACUAAUGGUGUGAGAUGUCAUACUCCGUAUUGUAAUUGUUGGGCUGAGAAAAGCCCUUGGGAUCUUUUGCAGAGACUAAGUCCCAGCUGUAAAGACUUGAGACUUGGGGUAGUG